UAGCUGCUAAACCACGAACCUCCAGUGAGAAUUCCUGAACUAGGCAUCCAACCGACACAUGAUCAGAGUUGCCAAAUAUAGACGACUUCAGAAAGGGAUCCACAGGCACACGACAGAUGUAGCUCUCACAGUGCACAGCCAGCCACUGACUGAAGUCUGCUCAAAAUUUGAUUAAUAACUCAAGCGACUGGAGAUUUCUUUGGCAGGAAGGGUGCUCGAGAGAAUUUUAUUGAUUCUGCAUGAAGCUGUGCCUUUACUCUCUUGCUUCAGACUGACAGCAUGCAAGCCAGGAACUAUGAGCACAACCUACCCCUGUCUCAGAUGUUGAAGGAAGCAUAUUCUGCGAGGGAAAGAGAAGUUUACUGCGCCAAUAUGAUGUCCGAGGCCUCCUCCCACGACAUGUACUUUGACUCCCUGUCAGAUUUCCAGGAGGACGGGGCAGAUGGUGCUGAGCUCUCGGCUUUUCUCACUCAAGAGGAGAUGAGCAAAAGCCUCGACCUGGCCCGUGAGGCCUUUGAGGACAGUUUGUCACAAGAAGCCACCCUGGACGCAGAGCUGGAGAAUGUUUCCAAUUGCUUUCAGCAUUAUCCCUCGGUGACGAAUCCAGCCAUCCCGGAGACCAAAGCAGUCUCUCAGCCGGACUGUCCUCAGCCGUCAGUGAGCCGGACUGCACAGGAAAUCAGCACCAGCAGCAAACACAUGGGCAGUGCCGACGACAGUCACCGAGCAGCCAUCCCUCGGCACCCACUCCUUGAUCAGAGUCACCGGCCAGAUCUCGGCAGGGACGGCUUGGCUAUCGGGAACUUCCACGCUAGUGGAAUGAGCGUUCCUCACAAGGAAAAUACUACAACUGACCCAAAAGGAAACCAGAAAUGCGUUUACCAGAGCGAAAGUUCCGCCAGGAAUGAAUUCCGCAGCAAGGCAGUGUCCUUCAUCGAGGAGCUGUCCUCCAUCUUUCGGACCGUCCGGCCUAGGAGCUUGGAAACAGAGACAGGGAAAAGCAUCGAGGAAGAUAACUCCUCUCCUGACAGUGGAUAUCUAUCACCAAAGAGUCACGCAAAGGCUACCAGUGCUGCCACCGAGCAAAGCAAAUCAUCUGAGGCCAAAUUGCAGGUGGUGGCUGACUUGGAAUCCAGGGAUGAGACUGAGCAGAGUUGGGCAAUGGAUCAGACCACUGCAGGUGACCUUCAUGCCUCUGACUCAGCUCCCAGGUUCAUUCAGAAGCUAAAGAGCCAGGAGGUUGCUGAAGGGAGCACAGUUCGGCUCGAAUGCAGGGUCACGGGGAACCCAAGUCUUUUAAUCAGAUGGUUCUGUGAAGAUAAGGAGCUGCAAAACUCCCCAGACAUCCAGAUUUUCCAGAAUGGAGAUCUCUAUUCUCUAAUCAUUGCUGAAGCUUUUGAGGACGACACGGGACGAUAUACUUGUCUGGCCACCAACCAUCUUGGAUCAGAUACCACGUCCGCUGAGGUCUACAUUGAAGGUACUACUUCCACUGAUUCUGAAGGCGAAGGAACCAUGUUUCAAUCACAAGACAGGACUGUGCCUCAGACAAAAAAGAAGACAGCCUCGGUGUCUCUGACCAUAGGAUCUCCUCCUCCGAAGGCGGGAACCAACGGCACUGAAGUGCAGCAGCUCCGCUCCACGCUGGUCCAGUCCAUCUCCCUCCCACCCCAGCCGAUCCAGAGUCCUACACUUUGUCUUCAAGCCCAGCAGGAUGGGGGUACUGCGCCCUCCUUUACAAAGGUCUUGCAAGACAUUAGUGCAUUUGACGGUCAGGUUGUGGUGCUGGAAUGUAGAAUCAAAGGAGCCCCUCUUGUCAGAGUCCAGUGGUUCAGGCAAGGAACAGAAAUUGAGGACUCGCCAGACUUCCGAAUCCUUCAGAAAAAACCUCGAUCUGCUUCUGAACCUGCAGAAGAGAUCUGCACUCUCGUGAUAGCAGAAACCUUUCCAGAAGAUGCUGGGAUAUUUACCUGUGUGGCUACCAAUCAUUUGGGCUCUGUGUCAUGCAGGGCAGAGCUCACUCUCCACACAGGAAGCGAAGAUGCUAUGGAUAAUGGGACUGGUUUAGCAGACAAUCAUACUGUAUCGCCUCAGACUGAAAUUAGUUCCUUGCAGUUGCCUCCCAAGAGGACAAUUGACCAUGUUCAGGUGAACAGUCUGGAGAUCAAACCAAGUGUUGCUGCUCUCCAGCUCCAGCUCAACACUGCUGAGAAGGAACCCAAUGGUACCUCUUCCCAUCAAGCAACCAAUGGACUAAAUCAAGAACAGCCCACUGCAUUACCUUCUCCUAUCAAGGAACCACCACCACUGCUCACCAAACCCAAGCUUGAUCCGUUGAAGCUGCAGCAGCUGCAGAACCAGGUUCUGUUGGAACAGCAGGGAGCUGCCCCAGGACAGCAAUUGCAGUUUAACUACCCGCCACCCUCGCCUCUCUCCAACCUGUCGUCUCCUGCCCAGAUGAACGUUCUGAACUCCCACACCCCUUCAGCCAUGCAUCAGACCACUACCUUCAACUAUGCCCGACCCAAGCAGUUCAUAGCUGCUCAAAGCCUGUCGUCAUCUUCUACUGGAUACAUUUCUCCUUCCUCUGGGUCUUCUGGGUCCAGCAUCUCCUCUCCCCUCUCUCCUCCCACCUCUCAUAGAUCUUUUAACCGGGCCCCCUUGCCUCUCUUUACACAGCCUCACCUCAUCGAAGCUGAGCAACAUGGUCUUACCUCUGCGUCAGCGCUGAACCGCUCCUCGCCUUCUCCCCCACUUCCACCACCCCCAGUGUUCAGUCCCUUCACUGCCUAUGCUAAUGAUUCCUUCCCUCUGCCACCACCGCCCCCUCCUCUUCUGUCUCCCACAGCCCAGCCCUCCUACUUUUCCCCCUCGGGUGGUGGAAGAGCAUCCCCUCACUCCAGUCAAUCACCAGCAGCCUUCCUCAGCUCCAUGUUGCCCUCCCAGCCCAUCCCAUUAGCAACAGUGAACGCACUGGGUCUUCCAAAAGGAGCUAUUGCAAUAACUCCUCAAAGCCUGAAGAAACAGACUAGGGCUGGUCGACUUGCAACAGAUGAAGAAAUUCAAGGGACAAAGAACGCUGUUAUUCAGGACUUGGAGAGGAAGCUUCGCUUUAAAGAUGACCGUUUAAGCAAUGGACAGAAGUUGACCUAUGAAGAAAAGAUGGCCCGUAGGCUGUUGGGAGCAGACAGUGCUGCCACGGUCUUUAGCUGUCAAGAGACCGAAGAGGAGCCUGUAGCACAGGACCUAGAAUGCAUUAAACCAUCUGAAAGCUGUUCUGAGGUUACUCAAAAGUUUGUUCUGAAGGAAUACAAGGUCUCUACCUUUGAGCAGAGGUUGAUCAGCGAAAUUGAGUUCCGCCUGGAGCGUUCCCAAGUGGAUGAAUCGGAUGAUGAGGUACAGCAUGAUGAACAGUCUGCAGAGGGUAUGGUACCCAUGUUUGAGAAGAAACUAAAGCACGUCAAGUUGUUUGAAGGAAUGCCGAUAACCAUCGCUUGUAAAGUAACCGGAGAACCCAUGCCAAAGGUUUACUGGUUUAAAGAUGGAAAGCAGAUCUCCAAGCGGAGUGAGCACUACAAGAUCCAUCGUGAAGGAGAUGGGACAUGUUCUCUCAGCACUGAAGCUGCCACGCUGGACGAUGAUGGGAAUUAUACCAUCAUGUUGGCCAACCCACUGGGUAGAACAAGCUGCACAGCAAGGCUGAUGGUUCAAACUGUCAGCCAGCGAGGACGCUCUCCCCGCUCCCCUCUCGGUCAAUCGAAUGUUCGAAGACCGAGGUCCCGCUCCAGGGACAGUGGAGAGGAACCAGAGUCUAUCCAGGAGCGCUUCUUCCGCCCCCACUUCCUGCAGGCACCCGGAGACAUGAUCGUCCAAGAGGGAAAACUGUGCAGAAUGGACUGCAAGGUCAGUGGGCUGCCAACUCCGGAUCUGAUUUGGCAAUUGAACGGGAACCAGAUCCACUCCGAUGCCAACCACAAAAUGCUUGUGCGUGAGAACGGCAUUCACUCCCUGGUCAUAGAACCAGUCACUGCCAAAGAUGCUGGGAUAUACACCUGCAUAGCCACCAAUCGAGCUGGGCAGAACUUCUUCAACCUGGAACUCUUAGUUGCAGCCAAAGAGAUGGUGAGAGCCCCAGUAUUCAUAGAGAAGCUGCAGAACACGGGAGUUGCUGAAGGAUAUCCUGUGCGGUUAGAGUGCCGUGUGUCCGGAGUCCCGUACCCACAGAUCUUCUGGAAGAAGGACAACGAAUCAUUGACUCAGAACACUGAGCGCGUGAGCAUUCACCACGACAAUAAAGGCUACAUCUGCCUGCUCAUUCAGCCAACUACUAAGGAGGACGCUGCCUGGUACACAGUGUCUGCUAAGAACGAGGCUGGGAUAAUAUCUUGCACAGCUAAGCUGGAUGUCCUCGCUCCUCAGUGGCAUCAGACGCCAAUCUCAAAGCCAAAGAAGGUGCGACCUUCCACAAGCCGCUAUGCAGCACUUACUGACCAAGGACUUGACAUCAAGUCAGCAUUCCUGCCAGAAGCGAACCCAGUCCACCUCACAUCUCAGCACGACCUGGUGGAAAGUGAUGAUCUGUAGUUGGAUCGAGAGCAUGUCCCAGGGUUACACACACACAACCUCCUUAUAAGGAGGGACUACAUUCAGACCAUCCUUUCUACAGUCAUUAUGUAUUGAAAGGGAUAGCGGCUUUUUUUAAAAUCUUAAUAUGAAUUUAGUACAAAACCUUAAGCAGGGGAUAAAUGUGACAUUCAUAACUUUGAACUGUAAUUAGAUGGGAUGAGGGUAAAGAUAUGAUGUUGGUCAGAAGAAUGUUGGAUUGAUCUGAAUUUGGCCCAGUUCACAUUUUUACCAUCCGCUCACUUGCACGGCUAGGUUUAUAAGGUAGAUAUUUUGCUACGUAGUAGCUAUGAUUAUGAUAAAUGUCUAUGCACAUUAGCAAAAGUAUAUAUUUUAUAUAUCCAGAUAAUAAUCCACAUCGCCAAGUGCCUGAGCUGAAACCAUGAUAAAUCAGGUUGUUUCGAGACUAGACUUGAGGUGUGUUUAGUAGGAUAAUGUAACAGUUUCUGAAAUCGGGUUCUACUAUGGAAAGAAACGCAUGGUUAUUUAUUUGAGUAUAGCACAUUCUGGGAGUCCAGUUAAUCUAUAUUAUUGCAGUUCACAUGGAGCAAGUGAUCAGAACAUUGGCUUAUUUCACCAAGGUAAGGGGAAGCAAAAGAAGUUUGCCUGUUUCCCACCUCGUCUGAAGUUGUACAAGGAAUCCUUUCUUUCUCUUCACCAACCCUAAUACUUCCAGUCAAUAAUGCUUCCUUUCACAUACUAUGUAGUACUGUAUUGCACCCAAGAUUUUGCAUCUAAAAAAACAUAACCCAGGGCUCUUUGUGUAUCUCUCUAGCACUUCUCAUCUUACAUAUAUGUACCUACAGUCUAAUUUACUGCAGUCCUACACAGACUUCAGCAAGUUUCAGAAAGGCCUUUGCUAGCCCAUUUUGUUUCACAGAACAAUAUACUAUUUUGAAGCUACAAAUCCUGUCGCAACAGCAAGCACGCAAUUCCCCAUCUGCAAGUUUUCCCCCAAGUAUUGCUGCCAAACUGGGCAGUGAGUGUGUCAGCUGGAUUCACGGUUUAAAACAACACAUGUUAGCUGGAGUGUGGGCAGUGGGAGUGGUUUGGAUUUGGGUACAGCUUUGUUCUGAUGCAGACUUAGCUUGAUUUUUGUUCACACAUGCAAAAUGUUGUGUUAUUAAAUUGUUGCAGGAACAGUGAGAAAUCUUCCCACAUGGCUGGAUUGAGUCAGCCAGUUGUCCAAUGAACUGGGCACCCUGUUGUACUGUUCAAAGCUCCAAUGGAGUAAGCGAUCCAGGGGAGACUGUGUUAGCCAAGCAAUCCAGAAGAUUUGCGUAUUAAUCCAGACCUUGACUGACCACAAAGGAGUGUGUCUUUGCCUCUCACUGAUGGGCACUACAUCAGAGCACUCGGAACCAAGAGGUUAGACUGGUGUAGUGCAUUCUACCCUUUAGGUGACACUUGUAAUUGUAGACUACAUUACUCACUGAUCACAGUGUUCAUGAUGUCCAUCAGUAACCCUGCCCCCAGCUGCCCAGUUAAAGAAAAAAAGUGUCAUUGGCAGAAGGCACCACAAGCAGGAGAAAAUAUGCAAGGUAAAUGGUCCGGUUUCAUUUGUUUUGUCACAAUGGAUUCUCUAAACCCCGUUCUAGUUUUGCCCAAGUAACACACUAAUAAAUUGAGAUAGCCUUUGCACUUUUGAAAUGACCUCUCCCCUUACUGGGUAAUUGUAAUGUCCAGCAAUUACUAUUGCAAACCAUUUUGCAUUGUCCGCUUAUUCAACACUUCAGUCAAUACGGAUGACGUAUUUGAGUAGCUGGAAUUUACAGAUGUGUAACGGCUUGGGGACACGCUAGUGGGAUGGAGCUUUAAAGGCACAGAGAAGGUGGUGAUGGUUCGAGGCAGUCGGAUUAGUUAAAUGAGCAGAUGUGACAACUGGUGUGUUAAAUACAAGAUGGUCAGUAGAAGAGAGAGAGUGUGCUGUUGUAUCCAUUGAGUUUUUAUUCCAUUUCACAUUUUAAUACGGAGGACACUGAUUUUUUUUGGCAAUAAAGGAUUCAGGUGAAUAAUCACUUUGGUUCCAUAUUGCUGGACAGCUCCACUGUGUGAUGAUACUGGCAGUAAUUGUAGACCACACUGCUCCCAGAAUGCAUUCCAGACUGAUAAAAGGCUUUUAUAAGCUUUCACUGCAGUAAAAACAAGAGAAAAAUUGUUAGCAAAUAAAUUGCCACGAGCAAUCUGCUCCCAGAUUGCUUUUUUUAAAAAAAAUUACCACGUGGAAUGAAUGCCUUUGGAAUGAAUAACUUGUCCCACUGGUGCAGUAUCCUGUGGGAAUCAAUUAUCCAAUAAUGGACAGAAAGUAGAGCAUGUGGGACGACAUUCAAAGCAUGGAACUAUGUAAUGGUACAAGUGCUUUUACAUUGUAUAGCACGUUGCUCUAUUUGACGUACGCUCACAAGACUAAUAUUUGAAAAGCGUUGAGAUUCAGCUCAGAUCUUUGCAUUUAUCUUUUUCCUCGUUUGUGUGGUUUUAUUUGACAUUUCAGGUAUUACAUUGAGAAUCAUUCUUGCUAUUUGGUACUCUUAUAUCCCAGCAUUUUUACUCCUUUUAAUAUUUUAUUGUUAACCUAAUGCAGCCAGCUCAUUUUUUUCCUUUAAUUAGCAUAUUGAAUAAGGUUAAUAAUGCACAACAGUUUUUAUUGAUGUUAACAUAAAUAUAACUAUUGAUACAAAGAUAAUGAAACUGGUAUGACAUACGCCUACAGGCAUGUUGCUUCAAGAUGUUUGACUAUGGUUGUGACAUAGAUAUUUUUGAAUGUGACUUGCUCAUGUAUUGGUGCAGCCUCACUUUUCCUUGAAACAGUUGCUCACAGUAUUCCUAAUGGGAGCAUAUCUUACUGUAAAUGCUUUUUUGGACAACUUUAUAAAAUGCUGCCUAUGCUAUUUCCUGGAUUGUUCUGUUUUUUAAGAUUUUUUUCGGUUAUAAAUUAAUAAAAUGCUGGAAUAAUUUGGACGUG